UCGACCGCCUCGUGUUCAUUAUUACUCUUCGAUCUGUUGUGUGACAGUGGUCGACAUUGAAUUAGAUUUUCACCGAAUCUAAAAGAAGCUACAGGACAACUGUUUUAUGAGUCUUAAGCAACAAAAACCUACUCUCAGUGGUCAGCGGAUCAAAACCCGCAAGAGAGACGAGAAAGAGAAGCAAGAUCCUUUAGCUUUUCGUGAUGCCAUAGUUACUGGAUUAAAUGGGACACAAAAUGACUUAGAACAGGURGCCAAAUUCCUUGAUGUCUCUGGGGCCAAGCUGAAUUAUCGGCUUUAUGGGGACCAGCUGUUUGAUAUCCUCUUUGCUGGUGGGAUUCUAGCUCCAGGAGGAAGUAUUGUAGAGGAUGGCAACCCAGAGACAUGGAAAACUAGUGCGUGCAUAUUUGAAGCUGAAGAAAAUACAGAAGUCAUUAGAAAACAUGUGCAAGUCUUGAACAAACUGAUAGCCCGCUACAGAUACCUUCAAAAGUCAUUUGAAGAUGUAAUGAAAAAGAUCCUCUUGUUCCUCAAGGGAUUCACUCCWGCACAAAGGAACAAACUGGCCAUAACAACAGCCAUUGUGCUUGCAAAUGGCAUGGCACCAGCCACUGCAUUGUACAGUUUGUUCAAUGAGCAGCUUCUUAAAGAAGGGAUUGCCCUUCAGUUUGUGACCAAAGUCUUUAAAGAGUGGGUAAAUGAACGAGACUUUUCCCACCUGAGUAGCUCCUUAAAGAAAGCUGAGCUAGAAAACAAGAUCCUGGACUUCUUUCCUCCAAACAAGCAAACCAAUGAAUAUCUUGAGAAGCAUUUCCAAGAACAUGGUUUGGACAAACUUAUCUCAUUCCAGAGAGCAAGGGAGGGCAUAGAGUCAAGAAAAACAUUUCAGUUGAACCUUAAAGAAAUGUUGAAGUCUGACACUCCAGUCAAAGAGAUCAUUAUUAAUGCAAAGGAUGAAAUGAAACGAUCAUCCAUUAAUGAAGCUGAUGCAGUCUUCCUGAUUUGGAAGUCAGUCAUGGGAGAGGUAGAGUGGAACAAGAAGGAAGAACUGGUUGCAGAGCAAGCACUUCGCCACUUGAAAACUUAUUCUUCUCUCUUUGGUGCUUUUACCACAUCUGCAAACUCAGAGAUCAGUCUUCUAGUGAAGAUUCAGGAAUACUGCUAUGAUAACAUGAACUUCAUGAAGGUCUUCCAGAAAAUAAUAUUGCUAUUCUACAAAACUGAAGUUCUCAGUGAAGACUCCAUCAUCAAGUGGUAUAACACUGCCCAUUCAUCCAAAGGAAAGAGCAUCUUUCUUGAACAGAUGAAAAAAAUGAUUGAGUGGCUAAAUAAUGCCGAGGAGGAGAGCUCAGAGGAAGAAGAAGAUGAUGAAAACUAAUAAAUGYAUUUCUCAAAACUAUUUUGUGUAACCAAAAGAAUGUAUUCUGCUACAAUAUUGUAAAACACAAUAACCUCAAUAUAAGAAAACAAUAGAUACCCUGAAUAUAAGAACUUGUAAUUGUAAUCUAUACCAAUAAAACAUGUACUCUGCA